AUGGCUAGCUCCCAAACACCAAACACCCAUACGGAUAGAUUAAUACUCCACCAAUCCGUGACAACCCAAACACUAUUCCAAGCUACACCUCCACCUCUCAUUAUCCCUAACUCUAAUAGCGCAAGUUACCACUCACGAAAUCCAAGCUACACCUCCACCACAUCAA